AUGCAUACGCACCCUACGUCCCAUCGGCUGGGCCUGCCCAGGGAAAGCGCAGAGCGGGCAAGUCAGCCCUCCCGGACGCUCUGGGACCGGGUGCGGAGGCCGCAGCCGCGCCGCGAGGGCAGAUCGGCAGCCUCAGCUGCUGCCGCGGCUGUCGGGAUCGUCCCCUGCGGGGCAGCAACAGCGGGGCUCUGGCGGCUCAGGGGGGCGCCCUCUGCUUGCGCGCUCUGCGUCCCUCUCGGUGGUCUGCCCUUCGCCCCGCGACCCCCGCCGAGGGUGGGAGCAGCGCGGGGUCGCAUAGGCCCGAGGAUAGCGUGGCUCGCCGCUUUGCCCGCAGCCAUGGAGCCCGGGCCGCCGGGCAGCUCCAGGCCCGCGGAGCCGGGUCCUUGCCUGAGUGGUCAGCGCGGCGCGGACCACUCGGCUUCCGCCUCCCUGCGGAGCGCGGCCCGGACCGAGCCCGGGCGCCACCCGCUCGCCGUGGCAGCUGUGUUGCCUGCCGGGGGGUGCGGAGAGAGGAUGGGCGUCCCCACCCCGAAGCAAUUCUGCCUCAUCCUGGAGAGGCCGCUCAUCAGCUACACCCUGCAGGCUCUGGAGAGAGUAUGUUGGAUAAAGGACAUUGUUGUGGCAGUAACUGGAGAGAACAUGGAAGUAAUGAAAAGCAUUAUUCAGAAAUAUCAGCAUAAACGCAUCUCACUGGUCGAAGCUGGAGUGACCCGCCACAGGUCAAUUUUCAAUGGACUAAAAGCACUGGCAGAGGAUCAGCUCAACUCUAAACUCUCUAAGCCAGAAGUAGUGAUUAUCCAUGAUGCUGUGAGACCAUUUGUUGAGGAAGAUGUCCUUCUUAAAGUUGUCACAGCUGCUAAGGAACACGGGGCAGCAGGAGCCAUUCGACCUCUUGUAUCUACUGUCAUCAGUCCAUCUGCUGAUGGUUGCUUAGACUACUCGCUAGAACGUGCCAGACACAGAGCAAGUGAAAUGCCCCAAGCUUUUCUAUUUGAUGUGAUUUAUGAAGCAUAUCAGCAGUGUAGUGACUAUGACUUGGAAUUUGGAACUGAGUGUUUGCAAUUGACCGUAAAAUACUGUUGCACUAAAGCCAAACUUGUAGAAGGAUCACCUGACCUCUGGAAGGUGACCUACAAACGAGAUCUGUAUGCGACUGAAUCGAUUAUUAAGGAGAGAAUUUCCCAGGAGAUUUGUGUAGUUAUGGAUACAAAAGAAGAUAACAAACAUGUAGGUCAUCUUCUUGAAGAAGUGCUGAAAAGUGAAUUAAAUCAUGUAAAAGUCACAUCUGAGGCUCUGUGUCAUGCUGGCAGACAUCUUCAGCAAAUCAUCUUAGAUCAAUGCUACAAUUUUGUUUGUGUGAAUGUGAUGACCUCUGAUUUUCAAGAAACCCAGAAGUUACUGAGCAUGCUUGAAGAGAGUAAUCGUUCCAUUUUAUAUCCUGUUGUUGUUGUUUCAGUUCAUUUUCUUGAUUUUAAAUUAGUACCCCCCAGUCAGAAAAUGGAAAACCUAAUGCAGAUUAGAGAAUUUGCAAAGGAAGUAAAAGAAAGAAAUAUUUUGUUAUAUGGCCUUCUCAUACCUUACCCACAGGAUGAUCAGAAGCUACAGGAGAGUUUAAGGCAAGGUGCUAUCAUUAUUGCUUCAUUAAUCAAGGAAAGAAAUUCUGGACUAAUUGGUCAGCUUCUGAUAGCAUGA